GUAGUGUGGRUCAGUCCCAACCGGGUUGUGCAAGGAGGGACGGGGUCAACCCUGAGGUGUCAACUAAAGGCUGGUGUGAUUUUUUUUGUGUGUGGGGGUCUCAGUGCUCCCUUUCAGUCUGGGCUGUGAGCUGCUGCUAGUUAGAUUGGUUUCUCUUUCAGGAUGUUAUUUUCAAAAUGCAGRAUGGUGACUCUGCCUCAUUAAGUCUCUUAGGAACUGACUACCACCUCUAGACCGAUGCUUUUGAUCAUCACCGUUAUUCCUACUAAAUUCCUGUGAYAUUGAGUAUACCCAUAAAAAUGCCUUAGAAAAAGAACCAUGGAGAAGUAUGCUAGAGUGCAAAAGAUCDGAGAAGGUUCAUUUGGGAAAGCCAUUCUUGUUGAAUCUACGGAGGAUGGCAGACAAUAUGUUAUCAAGGAAAUUAGCAUCUCAAGAAUGUCCAGUAAAGAAAGGGAAGAAUCAAGGAGAGAARUUGCUGUCUUGGCAAACAUGAAGCAUCCAAAUAUUGUCCAAUAUAGAGAAUCAUUUGAAGAAAAUGGCUCUCUCUACAUAGUGAUGGAUUAUUGUGAAGGAGGAGAUCUGUUUAAGCGGAUAAAUGCUCAGAAAGGCAUUUUGUUUCAAGAGGAUCAGAUUUUGGACUGGUUUGUACAGAUAUGUUUGGCUCUGAAACAUGUACAUGAUAGAAAAAUUCUUCAUCGAGACAUAAAAUCACAGAACAUAUUUCUAACCAAAGAUGGGACAGUACAACUUGGGGAUUUUGGAAUUGCUAGAGUUCUCAAUAGUACUGUAGAGCUGGCUCGAACUUGCAUAGGAACUCCAUACUAUCUGUCACCUGAAAUCUGUGAAAACAAACCUUAUAAUAAUAAAAGUGACAUUUGGGCUCUAGGCUGUGUCCUUUAUGAGAUGUGUACACUUAAACAUGCAUUUGAAGCUGGCAAUAUGAAAAACCUGGUACUGAAGAUAAUAUCUGGAUCUUUCCCACCUGUGUCUUUGCAUUAUUCCUAUGAUCUCCGCAGUUUGCUCUCUCAGUUGUUUAAAAGAAAUCCUAGGGAUAGACCAUCAGUCAACUCCAUAUUGGAGAAAGGUUUUAUAGCCAAGCGCAUUGAAAAGUUUCUCUCACCUCAGCUUAUUGCAGAAGAAUUUUGUCUAAAAACAUUUUCAAAGUUUGGAGCACAGCCUAUAACAGGUAAAAGGCCAACUUCAGGACAAAGCUUGGUUUCUGUUAUGCCUGCUCAGAAAAUCACAAAGCCUGCUGCUAAAUAUGGAAUACCUUUAACAUAUAAGAAACAUGGAGAUAAAAAAUUACUUGAAAAGAAACCACUUCAAAAAUAUAAACAGGCCCAUCAAACUCCAGUGAAGAAAGUGAAUCCUGGAGAAGAAAGGAGGAAAAUGUUUGAGGAACAAGCAAGAAAGAGAAGAUUGGACUUUAUUGAAAAAGAGAAGAAGCAAAAGGAUCAGAUUAGUUUAAUGAAGGCUGAACAAAUGAAAAGACAAGAAAAGGAAAGGUUGGAGAGAAUAAAUAGGGCCAGGGAACAAGGAUGGAAAAAUGUGCUAAGUGCUGGUGGAAGCAGUGAAGUAAAGGCUUCCUUUUUUGGCAGUGGAGGGGCUGUAGCUCCAUCAUCUUCUCGAGGACAGUAUGAACAUUACCAUGCCAUUUUUGAUCAAAUGCAGCAACAAAGAGCAGAAGAUAAUGAAGUGAAAUGGAAAGGAGAAAUACGUAGUCGUCCAGAAAGAGGAAUUCCACCUGGAGUUCGUCCAGGAUUUCCUAAAGGGGCUGCAGGUCAUCACCAUUUCCCUGAUGCUGAUGCUAUUAGAAAAACUUUGAAAAGAUUGAAGGCCSUGUCUAAACAAGCCAAUGCAAACAGGCAAAAAGGGCAGCUAGAUAUAGAAAGAGCUAAGCAAGUGGAAGAAUUUCUACAGMGAAAACGGGAAGCUAUGCAGAAUAAAGCCCGAGCUGAAGGACAUAUGGGAAUCCUGCAAAACCUGGCAGCUAUGUAUGGAGGCAGGUCCAGCUCUUCAAGAGGAGGGAAGCCAAGAAACAAAGAGGAAGAGGUUUAUCUGGCAAGACUAAGGCAAAUAAGACUACAGAAUUUCAAUGAGCGCCAGCAGAUUAAAGCCAGACUUCGUGGUGAAAAGAAAGAAACGRAUAAUUCCAAAGGACAAGAAGGAAGCGAGGAAGCUGAUUUGAGGCGCAAAAAAAUUGAAUCACUUAAGGCCCAAGCAAAUGCACGUGCUGCUGUACUAAAAGAACAACUAGAGAGAAAGAGAAAGGAAGCAUAUGAAAGAGAAAAGAAAGUGUGGGAAGAGCAUUUGGUGGCUAAAGGAAUAAAGAGUUCUGAUGUUUCUCCACCUUUGGGACAGCAUGAAACAGGUGGCUCUCCCUCAAAGCAUCAGAUGAAAUCAGUUAUUUCUGUGACUUCAGCUUUGAAAGAAGUGGGUAUGGACAURAAUUUAACUGAUACCCAGGAAACUUCAGAAGAAAUGCAAAAGAACAACAAUGCUAUUUCAAGUAAACGAGAAAUACUACGUAGGUUGAAUGAAAAUCUUAAAGCUCAAGAAGAAGAUGAAAAAGGAAAGCAGCAUCAGUCUGAUAUUUGUGAGAUCAUUGUUCAUGAAGAUACCAAAGAGUGUGAAAAAGAAAAACCAGUUUCAUCUGAUCGAAAGAAGUGGGAGGUGGGAGGUCAACUUGUGAUUCCCCUGGAUGAAUUAACACUGGAUACAUCUUUCUCUGCAACUGAAAAGCAUACAGUGGGAGAAGUUGUUAAAAUAGAACCUAGUGGAUCUCCAAGAAAAGUCUGGGGUAAAAGCCCUGCAGAUUCAGUUCUGAAGAUACUUGGAGAGGCAGAACUACAACUCCAGACAGAAUUAUUAGAAAAUACAACUAUUAAAAGUGAGAUUUCUUCUGAAGGAGAAAAAUACACACCCUUAAUUAUUGGAGAAGAAAUACAAUGUGUUUCACAUGAAAUAAAUCCAUCAGCUUCUGUUGACUCUUCCAUCGAUACAAAAAGUCCUAAGUUUAGUGAGGCAUCUCCACAGAUAUCAAUGAAACUAGAAGGAAAUAUAGAAGAACCUGAUUUGGAAACAGAAGUUCUACAGGAACCAAGUAGGAAAAACAAAGAUGGGAGCUUGCCUUGUAUUGUUACUGAUGUGUGGAUUAGUGAGGAAAAAGAGACAAAGGAAACUAAAUUGGAAGAUAGGGAAGCCAUUCAGCAAAAUGAAGUUUCUAAGGAUGGAAUCCUGAGAAAUGUGGACCACUUUAGUGAGAGUCAUACAGAACCUGGAAUAGAUGAUUCUCAGCACUCUAAUUGUGAUAUAGAUAAAUCUAUACAACCAGAACCAUUUUUCCAUAAAGUGGUUCAUUCUGAAAAAUUGAAUUUAGACUCUCAAGGUCAGUCAAUUCAGUGUUUACCAGAGGAAUCCAUUCCACUUCGUUCUCACUCUGAUUCACCACCAAGGAAUAAAAACAAGAAUUCCUUGCUGAUUGGACUUUCAACUGGUCUUUUUGAUGCAAACAAUCCAAAGAUGCUGAGGACAUGUUCACUGCCAGAUCUCUCAAAGCUGUUCAGAACCCUAAUGGAUGUUCCCACUGUAGGAGAUGUUCAUCAAGACAAUCUUGAGAUAGACGAAAUUGAAGAUGAGCACGUUAAAGAAGGGCCUUCUGAUUCUGAAGACAUUGUGUUUGAAGAAACUGACACAGAUUUACAAGAACUUCAGGCCUCCAUGGAGCAGUUACUGAGGGAACAACCUGGUGAAGAAUACAGUGAGGAGGAAGAGUCCAUCUUAAAAAACAGUGACGUGGAGCAGACUGCAAAUGGGACAGAUCUAGCUGAUGAUGAAAAUCCCAGCAGUGAAAGUGCACUGAAUGAGGAAUGGCACUCAGAUAACAGUGAUGGUGAGACUACCAGUGAAUGUGAAUAUGAUAGUGUCUUUAACCAUUUAGAGGAACUGAGACUUCACCUGGAGCAAGAAAUGGGUUUUGAGAAGUUCUUUGAGGUUUAUGAGAAAAUAAAGGUUAUUCAUGAAGAUGAAGAUGAAAAUAUUGAAAUUUGUUCAACAAUAGUUCAGAAUAUUUUGGGAAAUGAACAUCAGCAUCUUUAUGCCAAGAUUCUUCAUUUAGUCAUGGCAGAUGGAGCCUAUCAAGAAGAUAAUGAUGAAUAAUCCUCAGGACAUUCUUUAAUCUUCAUGUGUAUGAAAGCAUUUGAAUUUGACUCAUCAGAAUAUCAAGCUUCAGUGGGAAAUACAAAGAUUAUUUAUAAGAAAUACCAUAUUUAAGAUGGGCAUGCUUUUUGCAUGAAAAAGAUGGAGAAACAUGCAAUUUUUCAGUUAAGAUUUUAACACUAUCUUUUGUUUUUUGAAUUCUGUAGUUGAAGUCUAUAGAAUAUAUACUUGAUUAAAUCAUCCAACCAAAGGACUGACCUAGAACUGGAGUUAGUGGUUUUGAAAAUUACCAUGCAAUAAGGAAUUUUGAUUUUCAGAAAAUUUCUUUAAGUUGAAAAAUUACCUAUGUCACUGAAGACCUACCUGAGAUUUUUUGUUUAAGUAUUUAAGCAUGACCUUUCUUUCGGUCUAAUGCUUGUUCAUCCUGACCAGCAAUUCUUCAUUAAGUAACCUUGUCAAGGGCUCUAUUUUAAUUUUGAAGUGGUAUUUUUAACCUUGAAGUUGAUAUUCUUAAGCCAUUUAUCAACCAUUGUGUCUCCUGAACUAGCUCAGUGGAAAUAGUCCUAGAAAUCAUUGAAAGACUUGAUUAUGAAAAAAGUAAAAUUAUAUUUCCUGAUAUUUAAAACGUUGAUUAAAUACUUUUGUUUCUCUUUAAGGACUAGAACCAAGAAUAUUAUAUCUAAAACAAGGUUGCGAAUUUUUAAAAUUGACCUAGCAUAUAUCAUAAAGUUGCCCUUUGGUUUUUAACUUCUUCCAUGCAUAUGCUUCAAUAGCAAUAUGAGAUGAAAAAGGAGAAAGGAAUCUUUUUUUUCUUUUUUUGACAUUGUGACAGUUUUGGUAACUAGUAUGGGGAACUUUUUGCCUCUUAUUUCCAUCACGAGAGGAGUUAGGUCAUUAAGAUUAAGGUCACAUAGCUUCAAGUAUAAUAUGCCAAGUAUUACAUCAUUGUAUUAGUGAUGGAUACAGUCCAGAUGUUUUUAGUAAUAAAAGCAGAAUUUUUGAACCACUGAGUACAAAUCAGCCUGAUUGGCAUAAUCUGUAAUUCAAAACAUAAAAUCUUAUCUUGCAGCACUAUCAUAUUAUGUCAGAAUUAUUAUGUAUAUUAUUUCUAACAUCCAAAAAUAAACAGUUGAUUUUAUAUGUUUAUUUUAUAUUACUAUUAAAUUUUUAUU